AUGCAACAUAAUAAUAACCAAAAUGUAUCUUUUGCAAAUGAGCCAUAUAGAGAUCCAGAUUUUACAAUUAAUUUUAAAGCACCAUUUAAUGCAGAACCAAGACAAGAUGUAUUAGUUCAACAAUUUAUUACACCAACAGAGAAAUUUUAUGUGAGAAAUCAUGCACCUGUACCAGAUAUUAAUGGUGAAUCAUAUGCAUUAAAAGUAGAUGGUUUAGUUGGUAAUCCAUUAAUUUUAUCAUUAUCUGAUAUCAAAAAUAAAUUUGAAAAAGUUACAAUUAAUGCUUCAAUUCAAUGUGCAGGUAAUAGAAGAACAAUGAUGAGUGAAUAUAAAAAAGUUAGAGGAGUUGGUUGGGGUAUUGCAAGUUUAUCAACAGCAUCAUGGAGUGGAUGUAGAUUAAAGGAUAUAUUAGAAUAUGCAAAAGUAUUUACAAAGACAGAGGGUGCAUUACAUGCAGUAUUUUGGGGAUUGGAUUUUGGUUGUCCAGAAGAUAAUGGUAAACCAUAUGGUAGUUCAAUUACAAUGGAGAAAGCUAUGGAUUUAGAUGGUGAUGUACUUUUAGCUUACGAAAUGAAUGGCGAACCGUUACCAAGAGAUCACGGCUACCCAUUAAGAGUUAUAGCACCAGGUAUCAUUGGAGCAAGAAGUGUUAAAUGGUUGGAUAAAGUGACAGUGUCAUCUCAAGAGAGUGAAAGCUUCUUUCAACGUAGGGAUUAUAAAAUAUUUCAUAAUGGUGUAGAUUGGAAUAAUGUCGAAAAGUAUUGGGAUAAAACACCAUCAUUACAAGAAUUGUCAAUCCAAAGUGCAAUUUGUAUACCUGCACCAAACUCUACACUUUAUCUUCCAUUCACCAUCACUGGUUACGCAACUAGUGGUGGUGGUAGAAAAGUUGAAAGAGUUGACAUUAGUUUAGAUGGUGGUGAAACUUGGGAUUAUGCCGAGCUAAUGGGUGAAGAUAAAGGUGUUUGUAAUAAAUAUUGGAGUUGGGUACUCUUUAAAUAUACCAUUACACAAUUACCACAAUUACAAAAUAAAGAUCAUCAAAAAAUUAGAUUGGUUUGUCGUGCUUGGGAUUCUGCUUCAAAUACUCAACCAAAAGAUGUUAAAGAUAUUUGGAAUCUUAGAGGUGUAAUGAAUAAUUGUUGGCAUUUUGUUGAUAUUACAGUUUUAAAUCAAUCAAUUAAAAAUAAACUUUAA